AUGGGUAUAGUCAGGAGCUGCUUCAACUUCAUGGUGGGCACAGUCUUCGGCAUCUACGUUGCUCAGAACUACAACGUACCUAAUAUCAAUAAGCUAGCCGGCACCGGCGCUUUGAUGUUCAAACAUUACGAAGAAACGUAUCGCAAGCCCAAAAAGAGCGACCAGGACGAUUAGUAUGUCUGUUGAGUUA